AUGGCGGCCCUCUUGAAAGUUUUUGCAUCCUAUGUACGUGAAAAUAGUGUUAAAAGAAGAGGUAGUACGGCGGGCUUUAGAGAGAUGAAUUAUUGUCCAGAAACUGUUCUUGUACACUCUGCAUUCUUACUAGCCGAAACUGUUCAAAAAUUGGACGAGAUAGAGAAAGACAAGUGCAGUCAAGUGGUAAAAAUCGUGACUGGGACAGUCAGGGAAAUUACAAGAGAAGUGCUUCACGAGAAUACUCGCAAGUUACGUCAAAUCGAAGUCAGAGAAAUCGAGUUUAAGAUUCACUCCUGGGUGUUUUAUUCGUUACUGAAAAGAUCUGACUGUCAUGAUCUUGGCGAGUCACUUGAGGAAGAAGAUUAUUUUGACAGCUUUCCUCCCUUGCCGCAAUUUGGGAUUAACUUUUAUCUGGAACUGGUGCAAGAGUUAGAGUGGGGUGAACUGCUGGUGGAGGUACGUGAAGAUUCUAUCAAAGAUCUCUUAUGUUCCCAACAUUUCUCAGGUUCUGACACGGCAAGAUGUUAUGAGAAAAUAUUAUUUGAUUCGAGUAGUUGUACAUCAUGUCCAUUAUGUAUAGGGAAAGAAAAAACUGCACAAAAGGGGCCCAGCAUUUGAUUCUAUUGUGCCAGGCAUUAGAUAGUGGGGAGCAAGUUAAAUCGUACGCGGCCAGCGCAAAAAGAAACACGAGGGGAAAAAAACAAGGGGAGACUGGGGCGGAAGCUGGCGCCCUAAUUUUUUGCCCGCUCCCCACCAUCCGAACACCUGGAACAGGCUAAUUGUGCCCUAGAGUCUCGUUCUAGCCAGUUAUUUCAAUUUUUGUCAUGUUAAUUAACUUAUUAAAACCCACCAAAGGAAAUCUCUGGAUCUUAGAAGUAGCUGAUGCAAAGAAGCCUUUAAUCAUCCUUAAAUCCAACUGCUUCCAAACUUUGCUUAAAAAGAUGUAGUUUUUUCAAGUAAAGAAGUAGCUAGAUUCUCAGAUGGCUCCCAGGAUGCUUGCUCAAACUUCCUUCUCUCCACCAAUCAGAACCCAUAUUAAACUUUCUUGGAAAUCCUUCCAAUUUACAUGACAAAAUGCUACAUCAGUAUGUUUAUCCCUUUAUUUUUUUUCUCAGUGUCUUUUUGCAGUUGGUUUAACCAAUAUUACAGCCCUUCUGAAGGAUAUCAUCAAGUGCCUCAUUCAAGAGCCGAGAUACAAAGAUCUUUCUCUGUUUCUUUGUCUUUUUAACUCUUUGCUUAUACCUGGAGAGCAAAGUUUGUUUCCAGAAAAGGAAAAAAUGGAAAUUGGUGACACACACAGGAUACAGUCAUGGUCAUUAUUAUUGUUACAAGGUGUGACAAGCCUAACAAAGGAUUAUGCUUGCUGGCCAGAAGCGCAGAUGGAUAUUAUCAAAGGUGUUAUUGACUUAAUGUUUACAGCUCUUAUUGAUUUCAACUUAAGAGAACUCUACAAUCAAAGAUGGUCACAGGAUAAUGUUUCCAUCACACCUGUUAGUAUGGAACUAGAUCAUGACAAUCAUGAAAAGAUUAAUACCCAUGAUAUAAACAACUGUGAUGUUUCUUAUGAAGCUACAGCUUGUAUUGAUAUUUUAUGUCAAGUUAUUGUAAAGGAUUGGAGAGAAACAUUUCACUGGAUUAGCAGCGAGAAAACCAAUGGAAGUAGUGGCGAGUUGGACUGGAGCUCCUGGAAUACUUUGCAUAAAUGGCUUAUAAAACUUUAUGCUGUAGUUUGCUGGCUAGCUUCUCAUUCCCAUAACAGCAGAAUUGUGGAGGCAGCUUUGACAUUACAGCCUGGUCUUACACAAUACAUAAUGAAAUACUGUACAAACAAAGAGCUUCUUUGGAUUGAUGGUUUUAAAAAGGGUGAGCUUAUGGCUUUGAGCAAAUGUCACAUUGAAGAAGAGUUCAAUCCACCAACUGGUGAGUAUCAGUUAUAAUGGGAAUUUUUAUUCCUCUUGCAACAAACCAUUUUACCUACAGCAUGCAAAACUUGAACAGGUGAAUUUUUUUGGGAAAUUCAAAUUACAGGUGUCUGAUCAAAAAGGGUUUUGGGGCUAGUUGAAAUGACUUUUGGGCUAGUACAUGCUAGCUACAGCUGGCCCGAAUGGUAGGCUGUAAAACUGACUUUCUUUGCACCUUGUACCUGGUAGGCAAAAAUCAUUCUAUUUCUUUGAAUUUUGAAGAACUGAAAAUGCCUGCUUGCCAAAAAUCAGCAUUUGUCUUCCAUUUUAUAAAAUGAUCCAUUUAUUUCUAGUUUUAAAAGGAUUUGUUUGAAGUUAUCAGAGCCUUGAGGUACUUCUAAUAUCUUAACAUCUAUUAGCACUAACCCAAUGAGAUUUGGCAAGGAGGCAUUUUUGAUAUUCUCCCUUUUGAAUAUUUCAUAGUUUCACAUAUUUAAUUUUUGUAAUUAUGUCAUCACCUCCUUUCUUCCUUGUUUGUUUUGAGCCAAAUUUUGUUCAAUGGAUUAGGAUUUUUGAUAGGAACUUGUCAAAUUUUUUUUGUUCAAUGGAUUUUUUUAUUUCAGAUCACGAUUUUUCAUUUCAUAUCUCAUUAUUUGAAGGUAGGUUGAUAAAAUACUUGUCAAACCUGGUGGUCGUUUUCGCUUUUACAUGACACCGGAAUAGCGUUUUGGACAACUGAACUAUGCCGGUGUGACUUUUUUUUGUGGUGGUCAAAAACAAAUAUAGAGCCAUUAGAGGGAACUGGAGUGAACUCGCUCCAGGGCAAAAGUCGCCCCUGUGUCAUGUAAACUCCCCCUAAGACUGGGUGACCCUCCUUCACCCUUAUUUUCAUCCCUGCAUUGGAAAUGCUGGUAUGUCAAAUUCAAAGAUGAUAAAAAUAUGAAAGGUUUCCUAGUGAAUGGGGAAGAAAUCAAAGAGACCCUUUUUGCCGACGAUAUAACCUGCUUCUUGAGAGAUACCAAUUCAAACUUUCAACUUCUGACAUCGUUCCAAAAUUUUUCCACAUUCUCAGGCCUUUAUGUAAAUGAUGAAAAGACAGAGAUUUUUGCUAUUGGUCUACAAAGUCUUCAAGAUGUUUUCACUCACAAAAUACGUAGCAUGAUCAAAAUAUUUGGCGAUAAUUUUGAUUUAUGAUACAGUCCCAGCUGUGUUGAAGGCCAACUGUGACUUCAUCUUUAAAUCAAUCCAGGGAACUUUAAAUAGUUGGAAAGGAAGGUGCCUUACCCUGAUAGGUAAAACUCAGAUUACAAAGUCUUUUGUUAUUCUGAAAUUUCUAUUUCUGUUUUUGAAAAGCCUCUCUCUAGUUGACCGUUUUAAGUUAAUAGGUCUUAUUGUUUAUCUAACCCAGAGUUUCAAGAGGCAAAAUGCAACAAUAAAUAAUACUGACACCAAAGUUACUACAGAAAGCAGUGAAAAAAGAGCAAAAACUAUUGUUAUUGAUUUGAUUUUACACCUCAUGAAGUCCUUGAAGUAUGGGAAUUGUGUCCUUAAAAGUCCUUGAAUUCUUGUUGUGCAAAAAAGUGUAUAAGCACAGUAUCUUAAAACUACGUUUCAGUGUCUGACAUUUAUUUAUCUUCUUGUCUCAGAAUCUGUGGAUUUGUUGCUGUUUCAACCAGAGACUUCUGAGGAACAGUUUCAAUUCUACUUGCAUAGAGUUAAUAGAAGAUUAGAAGGCUAUAAAGAGUGUUUUGAUUGGUUACUAAAUGGAGAGGAAUUUCACGGGGAAUCUGAGUGGUUGGAAUGCAUGAGGAAUAACGCAGUUCAAUUGAGUGACAUCGAGCAUGCAUUUAAAAUGAUUGAUAUCAUCUGUAUGCAGAGGCAGCUUCUCUCCUGUGAUGAAGGGUCAACUGAUAAUACUUACAGAGGUGUGAGAGAGGUAAAACUUCCUUAAAGAACUAUGUCACAAGGAUAUUGCUGUUUUAGAUCAAUCCUGUGCUCAAGUCAUUACUCAGUGCCUUGACCUUAUACACAAAAUGAUCCUGUCAAGUUAGGAAAAAGAUAUUGUACAAAUUUUAUCAUGGAGCACCAACCAUAAUAAUUUUUUAGGUGAUUUUUACAACCAUAGCAUUAAAACUUGUAAAAGUUGGCCCAGCUUUUCCAAGUUCAAUCAAUGUCCAUCCUUGGUAUCUGUAUCAAGACACAAAAGAUAACAGAUUCAAUGCCUAAAUAUAAUCUUAAUUAACAAAAAUGGACCAUUAAAUUUGUUUUAGAACUCAAUUAAUGGCAAGGUACGAUUUAGCUUUUUAAAAAGGUAGCAUUAAUAGGGUUAUAAAGCCCCUUACAAGAAUACAGUCAACAUCUCUUUGAUAUGACCACGUCCCUAAAAUGAACACCUAGAGUCAGUCUUUAUUGUUAUUCAAUCACUUUGAAGUUUCUUUGUCAGACAGAUUAUAAUAAAUUGAAGAGGUCUGUUAGACAAACUCUUUAGUGGUGGUCCUGAUAGUUAAAAGAUGGUUCUAGUAAUAUAACAAUAAAUUAUGGUCAACAUCUCAGAAAAAUUUGUGGGUUUAUACACAUAGUUUUCACAAUCAGUUAAUCAGUCUGUCAUCCAUUUUCUCCUUUUUAAUGAUUUGAAACCUGGGAAUGAAAACAAGGCAAAACCAGACAAAAAUCAAAAUAAUUUUGUAAGAGAAAAUAAUCUCCCUUUCUGCAAAUAAUAAUAUUUUGUUGCUGUCUGCUAACCCUUUGAAAAGUUUAAGAAAAUUACCUAUGAUCAAUUUAUAAAAAGUUUACAUAAACCCUAUUUUAAGAGGAUUUUUAUUUUUACUUCAGAUUUUGCUGAGUUUGUAUUCCACCUUUCCCAGUGCCACUCAAGAGCAGAUCAUAGAAUAUGCUCUCCUCAUGGGUCAUACGUUAGAAAAUCCUGAAGAGAACUCACUUUUCUUCCAUCCUUACUUUGUUGAACAAGAGAGGGCUGAUUUGCAGCAGGAACUUGUUAUGAUCUUCAAUAAAAUCAUUGAUAUUAGCAGUGAAGAUGAGCUGCAGUCAGCUGCUAAAGACAUGGCUAGAGUGGCACUAAUAUCACCAAAUAUUGCUCUAACAAAGGCAGUGUAUGAAGGAGUGAAGAGUGCAGGACAUUCAAAGUCUAUCUGUUCUGUAAGUGUGUGUACAGUCAAGUCUCCACUAUUGGCCAACUCUCCACAAUGGCCACUUUUUUGGCAGACAGUCCACACUCGGACUCUUGUUUAAAGCUCUCUACUACAGUGGCCGUCGUGGAGAGGUUCAACUGUAUAUGAGACAUAACGUAUUUAGCCUUGUUUUACAUGCAGUUAACCCUUGAAGUCCCAAUGGUAACCAACAUCAAUUUUCUCCUAACCGUAUCCAUCGAUUGUCAAGAGAUUAGGUUAUGAGAAUUAAUAAAUUGAUCACCUAAGAGAAAAUGCCGUGCUCUUUUACCCAAUUCUCUCAACGUAUUCUUUAAGAAAAUGUAUAGAGAUCAGUUUGGAGAAUUUGUAUGUGGAUAUUGGGGCUUGAAGGGUUAAAGAACUGAAUCAAAUAUUCAGUCAGUAUUGAUCAUGGUGUGGUCAACAAAAUCAUGAUCACCUUACUGCAUGUUUUGACAUUAACUUGAAAUUAUUGUCUCCCUGCCAAAACAAAAUUUAUAAGGGACUGGUCAUUGUUUAUGUAGAGGGUGUGGGGAGGGAAAAAAGAAGGGGGUUAAGGCUAUUUCAGAUUGGCUACAGUGGGGGGGGUAAACUUUUUUUAUGAAGAAGUUUAAUAAUUACUGUGUAGAGCAUAUAAGUGGAGAUAUGAGGUGGGGGGGUCAUCACAUAAGUAUUGACUAAAUAAGGGGGGUCACUUGCUAUUUACAUGGUCUGUAGAGGGGGGCCUUACAGAAAUUUUGAUUUUGCCAACAUAUUUUUCCCUUCCCACCUUCUACAUCAACAAUGACUGGUCCCUAAGGACUUCUCUGUCAUUGUCUACUAUAGGUGUUGCAGAAGUUUCAUGCUUUGUGUAGGUUACGAUGCAGUGAAUCAUUAUCCUCAAGGACAUUACUCUGCAAAACAGUCAACUCAGUAAUAAUGAGCGUGUCAUCAAGGCAACAAGAGAACAAUCUACUAAACAUGCUGACCUUGUUUUUAUCUGUAAGUACCAUAUUUUCCCUUUUAACUUUUUCACUUCUAACAGUGGUCAACAUAAAGAAAUUGAAUGGGUGCUUGAAAUAAGGCCAAGUGACUCUUGAUUCAACACCUGAUUGUCCUUUGAAAAAAUUUGUAAAAUAUUUUGUAAAAUCUUAAUAAGUAAAUAGCCCCUGGCCAUUGUUCUGCCAUUUUCAUUAUUUUAAGGACCUAUUUUGGGAGUGUUUUUUUGAAGACUGAGUGACGACUAGGGAGAAAGAGGGGGCUAAAUAGAGGAAGGUAAUAGAUAAAUAACUGUAAAUAGAGUUAUUAUUCUUAACUCUUUGUAACCUCUUCUGUUUGGUGACUUGUUAGCCUUCUGUACUUAAAGCUUUCAAAAGUUUUCAGUGCCUAAAACAAAUUGCUGGCUGCUUAAUAAAAUUAAUAGUUACAUGUUCAGUACUUUUCAAAUAAUGGAUUUGUGUACAUGGAGAAUAACAUUUCAAUUCCUUCUGUGACUUUCUUUAAAAAUGAGAACGGUGCUUUUCCUGAAUAAAAGAAUGUUAUUCUUAUGAACAACACCUUUCUUAGACCACAUUCCUUUCAUAAUAAAAUUUAUUUCUAUAACAUAUCUUGGACUAAGCUUCUUAAAAUGAAAAUAAUUUUUGCAUAACAACUUGUUCUACAGUCAGGUCCCUCUGAGCCCUCUCCACUUCUCAGUGUCCAGGAGUUCAUAGAAGCUGCUGUGCUUCCUUUUCUCAACAACACAAGCAUGCAAGGCAACAUACGUACAGUACUUUCACUUAAGCUUCUCAACAUGGCUAUGGCAACAGUAUCUGUUGCAGUCGAUGAUCAAUUUCUCAAGAAACAUUUGGUGCCUAUCAUCUUUUGCCUGUGUGAGCUGUUAAAUGAAUCCAUUCUAUUCUGGGAUGGCUUGGCGCCUGUAAAUUCUCUCUCAGAGAGGGAAGAACUCAAAGAACUUGUGCUCAAGGCUCUUGAUAUGGAGGUCAAGUUGUGUUGUGACAUGGUGCAGACGAAUUCUUCUUUUUCCAGGGCUAUUGAGUGGCUGUUUAGAAGGUUGAAGAGUGGCUUUGGUAAAUACAAGCCAAAUUAUAUUAUUAUUUUCUUAAAUGAAUUAAAAUUUAUAAGGUACUGUAAACAGUGCCUCUUAAGCUGAAAAUAUUUAUGUUAUUCAUGAAUAUUUAAGAAAAGUGGAUCCAGAGUUUGCAGAGCUAAGAGAAGAUUCUUUUCAGCCUCUGCACUUCUAGUUACUUGUCACCAAUCUGGCACCAUCCCUGAGAUCUUGGAGCAUGCCACUAUAAUCCACAAAGAAAACUAGGGGAAACAAAGAUAGAAUACCAUAAUCUUUAAGUAAAUAACAGUAAAAAUGGUGAUUUUCAAAACUUGACUCUUUGCCUUAAUUAUAUCUGAAGACUGCCAGUGGUGGAUCUGGAGCUUGAGUUAUGGGCACUGCCUGAGCGAAAUGUAGAAUCUCUCAGGGCAUCACUUUUGGUCUAAAAAUUACGAGAGAUCGCUCCCCUAGGUUUGCCAUUUAAUGGAUUCCUUCAAGUUUUUUUGGCUUGCACCAGCCUUGCCCAAGAUUUGCUUUCUUAUGUAGUCAAAGUUACUUAUGAAAUAAUAUUUUUGAGUUACAAGGCAUCACCCCGAAAACACCUAUAUUUCUCAGGGUUUGUUAAUGAUUCACAAGUUAUAUGCAAACCAACAAAGCAAGUGCCAUCUUAACUAUCAGGGUAAGGUCUGUAAAAAGAUGUAAGGGGCCUCUUGAAAAAAAAGAAUUCAACAAAGGAAAAUGCACUAAGCCAUGCAUGUGAUAUCCUUCUAGGUUUUUAAGGGUAAAGGACAUCAUCACCAACUUGCCAAAAGAGUGAGAGCCUGGAACUGAGAUUGGUGCAGUUCACUAUGAAAUCUUGGAUUACUGUCAUUUUAAAACUUUACUGUGUUUUCUAUCAACAGACUGGACUGUUCCACUUCACCUACAGCACUUCUUCAGUACAUCUUGUAUCAAGUACAAACUCUCAGUCCCUCACUGUUUGUUGAGUGUAUGUGAAGACUUGGGGGAGGAGUGGGUAGCUGAUAAAGACUUGGAUUAUGGUAGGUACCCAUUAAAACUAUUGACCCAGUUUGGUCUCAUUUUUUCUUUUAUUUUAAUAUUUAUUAUAUAUAUUUUUUGUCUGCUUAAAUUAAAGCCAAUGUGAAUUUUUUUUAGAAAUUAGCUGGUAUUCUCUUCCUAGCUUUUGAGAGCCAGGGACCAGGCUCCUUAGUGUGGAAAAGGACGAAUAACUGGACAAGUGUGAUAAAAGAGAGUAAGCGGGCAGGAGACUUGGGUGGGAAGGCAGAGUUGCCAUCCUUUCCUUCUCCCCAGGCCCUGCUUGGCUAGAUUCAGUGGCCGAUUUUUUUGUGCUUUUCAAUACAUAAUUUUCCGGUAUUGCCCAACAAGCAGCCAGGUUCCAGGCAGCGUGCAAAGAAAGGGGUGUGCAAUAGCCUGGGGUUCAUAGAUUUUGCUAUUGGGCCAGUGAAUUGUGCUCUCCCUUUUGCGGAAUUCAAAUUACAGUUCAGGAUUGUGAUCAGUAUUUAUCAAAAUUUUUUUUGGACUAGUCAAAGUGACUUUUAGGCUAGCAGAUGCUAGCUGCAGCUUAUCCGGAUGGCAAGCUCUGAAGCUGACUUUCUUUAUGUUUGCAAAUGUUAUUCAGUAUACUUCACGUACAAAUAUAAAAUUUUACCUACUGUUUCCUUCUAAUACAUUUUUUCUGUCUGAAAGGCCCAGAGGAUGUGUUCACAGUGCUGUUUGAGUACUGUCGUGUGUCUGAGACAGCCCUGCAAAGGAUCUUGGAAAGUUUCAUUCCAAGCAAACUCACAGACAGAUUUGAAGAUAUCAAGAAGCCAGUAGUGACUAGCUUGGUCCAGGUAAUAAAGUUAUAGGAAAACCAAUGUUUUUGGAGAGAGAGUGGUUAAUGUAUUAUCGAUGUUUGUGGAAUGAGGUACAAAAUUUGUUUAGCCAGUAUAGUGAAGUUUUAAGUCACGUGUCGUAAAGCCAAAAUUAACCAGUCGCUAACAGUCGCAAACAAUCAAAUAAACCAAUCACAACUCAAAGAAAAUGGUGCAGGAGAAUCCGGCAUCAAGCGCGGGAAAACCGAUGCGAGCUACACAUUUGGUUUUGUUUUAUUCCUGAUUACUUGAGAAAACAGCCGACAUCUUGUUUUAUUUGUUUUAAUAUCAAAUCAGCUGUUUUCGCAGGCGACGUGAGAAAAUGACACAGGAGUUUUACGCCAACCCAGGAGCCCAUCAAAUGGAGCCUUCAUCUCCAUUAAUUUCUUGAGUCAACCCUUUUCGGAGUAGAUUUAUAAAUAGAACGGCUUGUUUCCCGCGAGAAGUGGGAUAUUUCCGUGAGUCUCGUAUGUCACCGUGAAAAAAUAGAGUUGGAUGAAGUCGAACUCAGAAGCCCGUCCUUCGACCGUUUUCCUUUUCUUAUUUGAUGGGCUCCUGACAUGACAGAAAAUUUAUGAAAUUGUACCAGUUUGCUUUUGUCCAGAAAUGCCCUACACAGGUGACGUUAAGCGGGGGAAAAGUGAAUAUGUCGACGGCCUCUUAGCUGGUGUGGCCACAUCCAUGUCUAGCGAGUUGUUUGAGAAUUGAGUUUUGUUUCAGAUCCUUCCACAUAGUACCUGGAAAGAAUGGAAACGGAUUCUUCAUAUAUGUCGACAUCUUAUUUGGAAAAAUAUUUUAAAGGUACUGAUUUUUCCUUCAUUAGCUUUGAUCGAUUCGUUUCUUUAUCAUCUGAGCUACAUUUUCGCGAUGUGAACUAGCGUGCGAAAAGUAGCCUCUGCGGCCAGCUCAUACCACGAAAAUGUAGCCGCUGCCCAGUCGCAGAGUAAUGAGCGGCCGUCCUCCCUUGUUGUCUAUUUAUCGUAUUUUUGGGAUAAGAAUAUAGGAGCAGUCUUCAUGAAUGUGAGGAACCUUCUAAUCUUCAAGUAAAAAAUAUGUCUAUGAAUAACCUAAAUGCCUAAAUAACUACUGAAACGAAAACAUCCAUAAAGUUACAAUAGAAGUAUCUGCAGGGCUAUCCGCCUCGUCUCCUAUCAAAUUUUUACUGGGAAAUACCGCUUAAAUCAAGAGAGAUCGGAGAGAUUUUAGCAUCAAACGGCAAACGUCAGAUUCAAUUUGACAGUUUUUCGAAAUAGGAAAUUAGCAGAUUUAAACCAAUUCCUAUGGAUAAAACUGGCGUGAAACUACUUUUUGUUGUGGACGUAACACGUAAUGAAAAGUAAACGACGAGUGAAAGGAAAGCUUGUUAACGUGGUUCAAAUUGCCAUUUUCCUUUUGCCGUAAAUGUGAUUCUGAAUCAAAGUAUGAAACACGUUAGAUCUAUAACGAUGUCUUGGCGUCACGAGCGUGGAAAAAUGAAAAACGUCCUCGACGACCAACAACCACGACAUUCCAGAAACCGGGCACAGAGCGGGUGCUCUACUGAGCUACGGAGAUACUCAUAGAGAACAAGAACAUUUUUAAAAAUAGGUUUCCACUAGUCAUACGUUCGAUAGGGUAUAUUAGGGUGUAAAUUGCAUGAAAUUGCGCAGAAACGACGAUUCAAUUUUGGACUCAGAUUAUCAAUUGGCAGCAUUUCACAUCUGUCCCACACUAAUCGCCAUUGUUUCAAUCCAGAGCUAUGACUGUUUUACAAAGUUCUUCUGACAACAAAAGUUAAACGAUUUAUCUUGUUUUCAUUUUGUGUAUCACAGGUUAGCGUCACCGAAGACAUCCCGAGCAUCGACGCAAGCGAAGAUCAUCAAGGUAAAUUGGUGCACUGUGUGCAGUGUAGCGGGAAGACAAGGAUUCGAGAAAACUGAUUUCAUUCACCUUACUGAAAUGCGUUUUCACUUUAACCAUAAUGUUCCGAAUCAUAUGUCCGAAUAUAAGCUCUCCCACAUCAAAAUUAGUUCUUGACCUUUCAGAGACAACAGCGCUUUGGUUAACUGAUUUAAAACUAAAUCAGCAGUUUGUUGAAUGUCUGUACCUAUACUUGCUUUGUUUUGCUUGCAGGCGUCUGCCAGCUCUCUGUCUUGUUGGUAAAUGUAAUGGAAGUCUUUUGCAGCCCCUUGUGUUCCUCGUGGGCCACCCUGUAUUUGUGGAUUUACGUCAUUAAGCAUUACAUCACAGCCGUAAAGGAGAUGGUAGACCAGACUGUGAGUUCUUUUUUUUAUUACAUUUCCGGUAGUAAGAACUAUAGAAGUUCUAAACGUCGGCUCAGUUUAUUGUUCCUGACCACUCGUAACUCUCCUACUGAGCUUGGGCUGCCUUUGGUUCAAGUUUACGUCACUUCACUCGCCAGCUAUUAAAUGCUCUUUCUGUUUUCUCGUGAGUUUUCUUUAUUUUUAAUUCAUCUAUGGAGGUUUAAGUAUUCUUGUCCGGUUUGUAUUGUCGCACUCUUUUCACCUGUUAGUUCCUCAUGUAAUCAAAGCUUAUUGUCUCCCCCCUUGUUUUUUUCUUUUGUUUUUGUUUUUUCAGACUGAUCCUCCAACAGCUGCCCUAGUGUUUGCGCAUGUUUGUCGCGUGAUGACUUUUGUGCCCCCUGACUGCACGGAUCAGUUGUUUGUAUUGUGUCUGGAUUUUGUCUCCAGGCCCUUAGUGUCCUGCACCAGUGAACGAUUGAGGAUGGCAGUUAACAGUUUAUCAUCUGAAGUGUACAAGGCGGCAUUGAUACAGAAACUUUCCCAAAAUAUGUGAAUAUUGCAACUUCAAGUAAAGAGUAGAGGUCAGGUGGACCUGUCCGCACGGCUUGGACAUUGGAUAUCAGGUCAACAGACA